AUGAAGUAGGAUUUCAGUCAGCAGCUUGACACAUUUUGUAGUUACAACUCUCGGGAAUUUCAAUAAUAUACAUUAUAUUUUGUGUGCCGGCAAAAACAUGAAUGUGGAAUACUUUUCGGAGGGGCUGGAAUGUCUGAUGUAUUCGGGUCGCAAGUUGUCCCCGGAGCAGCGCAUUCUCAUCGAGAACUCAUUGAUUGUGCUGAUGCAGGAGAAUCGCUUCUCGGGCAUGUAUUUUUGGGGUCGCAUUACGGCGACUAAAAAUGAUUAUUAUAUUGCCUUUGGCUACACGAAUGAUUGUCUCAAGGAUCGCAAGUAUUUCUACAGUCUGGAUCAGUAUCAAUGGCAACUUCUGCCGUUUGUGCAGAGUCCCAAAAUUUUUCAGGCCACGGUGCUGGCAGUCGAACCCUUUGUUGGUGAUCCCAGUCUGCUGACCUAUGUUAAGUUGGAUCCAACAUUUACUAUUGUGGCCAAUCAAGUGGUGAACAUCAGUCGACCAGAGGUGGUCAAGUUGAAGGAAGAGGAGCGUUUGGCAGCAAUUGUGUUUAUCAUAAGUGAGGAGUGCGCAAUUUGUCCUCGCGGUGCUCUUUAUAAGAUGGUGGAUGGUCGUGUUAUACCAAAUCAAAUGUUUCGCGGCCUCAAUGAUUUGCAGAUCGAUAAUCUAUCCUACUAUCAGCUCUAUCGUCUGCCUCGCAACGACCUCAAAACCAAUCUAUCGAAGCGGAGCGACUACAAUUAUGCCAUUGAUUUUUUGGAUACCAUCGAUGGUGUUAUUCCUCUGAAUCAGGCGUUUGCUUUGAAUAUGCAGAGUAAUGAACGCAUUGCAGUGAUCAAGUCCUGCGUCUGGCUGGGCAUGACUUUCUUCCACAAGCUCAACUCACGUAAACAUGGUUUUCUUUACCUGGGCGAUGGUCGCAAGAACUUUGAUUUGCUCUUUAUGUAUUAAGAAUGAAAUUAAAUUAUCAACAAUAAAA